AUGGGAUACACUGAUCCUUCCUCAAGCAGGGAUUUGCUGGGAAACAGAACUUUGUUCUUCAUAUUCAUCUGUGCUUUUGCCGUGGUCACCUUGCUGCAGCAGAUCCUGUACGGGAGAAACUAUCUCAAAAGAGGGCUGCAGUUUAGCUGGCAGAAUGGAGAGGAAUUGGCAAAUUGGACCGGCACCCUUAAUUUCACGGAGGACGGAGCAGUGAAGAGUGGCAGUGACACAGGCACCAGGUAUUUUGAGUUUUAUGAAGGGCCUUUGGAAUACAACUCUACCAAAUGCCUGGAAUUACGGCAGGACAUCAUUGAGGUGAAGGUUUUGUCAAUGGUGAAACAAACGGAAUUGUUUGACAGAUGGAAGAGCCUACAGAUGUGCAAGUGGGAGAUGAAUAUCACAGAAGCUAAUUUAUUCAAGUCUACUUUGUCAAGGUGUUGCAAUGCCCCUGCUUUUCUGUUCACCACCCAGAAAAAUACUCCCUUGGGAACUAAACUGAAAUAUGAAGUGGAUACCAGUGGGAUCUUCCAUAUCAACCAAGAAAUCUUCAAGAUGUUUCCAAAGGACAUGCCAUACCACCGCUCUCAGUUUAAGAAGUGUGCGGUAGUUGGGAACGGAGGGAUUCUGAAGAACAGCAGAUGUGGUCGGGAGAUUGACAGCGCAGACUUUGUGUUUCGAUGCAACUUGCCUCCUAUAUCUGAGAAAUACUUCACGGACGUCGGGGUAAAGACAGAUGUGGUGACUGUCAAUCCCAGUAUAAUUACUGAGAGAUUUCAGAAGCUGGAGAAAUGGAGGAAACCCUUCUACGACGUGCUCCAGGUCUACGAGAACGCUUCCGUGCUGCUGCCAGCUUUCUACAACACUCGCAACACGGACGUCUCAAUCCGAGUCAAAUACGUUCUGGAUGAUUUUGAAUCUCAGCAAGCUGUUUAUUACUUUCAUCCCCAGUAUCUCAUCAAUGUCUCACGCUACUGGCUGGGCCAAGGGGUGCGGGCCAAGCGGAUUAGCACCGGGCUAAUCCUGGUGACCGCUGCCCUGGAGCUCUGUGAGGAGGUCCACCUUUUUGGCUUCUGGGCCUUCCCCAUGAACCCCUCAGGGAUUUUUAUAACUCACCACUAUUAUGACAAUGUGAAACCUCGCCCUGGUUUUCACGCUAUGCCCUCAGAAAUCUUUAACUUCCUCCACAUGCACAGCAAGGGGAUCCUACGGGUUCAUACUGGAACCUGUAGCUGCUGUUGA